AUGUCACUUGACCAGCAAAUCCAACGUGAAAGUGAACGUUUUCAGAUACUUUUCAAUCGUUUAUCGGAAACCAAAUGGAGUGAAACAGCAAUACCUGAAGCACAAUCUCGUUUAAUGGCAUGCCAAGAACAAGCUCGUCGUGUUCAAGAUAAGAUUAAUGCAUUUAAUUCAGCGGCUGACAAAGAACAUAAACGCUUGCUUGAUAUAAAAGGUCAUGGAGUUCGGCACGCUUGGUAUAAAGUUCGUGGAACAUUAGAGCAACGUGUCGAUGAACAGGAAAAAGUUUGGUUGAAAGAAUUUGAAAAAUGCAAAGAAGAAGAAGAACAUUUGACGAUCUUGAAAGGCGAAAUACAAUCUGCUCAGACAUUUUUGCAUCAAUGCCAAAGUGCUUAUGAUGAAUAUGUCAAAAGUAAGCGAGCAUUAGAUGGGCUUUUAGAACACUUCUUUUCGGGAAAAACACCAUCAUAUCCUGAUGAAGAUCGAAUGGAACAGAAUUUAAGAAAUCAAGAGAAACAUUUGGUUAAUUUGCAAAAUCACCAACGUCUUCUAUUACAUGUUGUUCAGCUGUUACAACGAGCUCAUCAGGCAGUUGCCAUCUCUCGUCAGGCGUUGAAUGAAGCACUGAAUAUGAAUACGUUCGACAUGUUUUCAAGUUCGUCGUUUGCAGAUAUGGCUGUAAGUUCUUGUCUAGCUAAAGCACGAAAUGCUGCUGCACAAGCGCAACAAUUACUUAAUGAAGCACGACGUUUAUAUCCCAAUAUUCCACAUAUCGGUGAAUUAUACAUAAAACAGGAUAAUCUCGUUUUUAAUAUCAUGUUUGACAAUAUAUUUACUGAUAUACACAUGAGACAAACAAUUCAAGAAGCAAUGCAUCGAAUUACACGCGCAGAGGGUAUGCUGACCGGAAUUUUAAUGGCGAUGAAAGAACAAUUGGGAAGAUGUGAAGCUGAAUGUUUUCAAAAGAGUAAUGAAGUAAAACGUCUGGCAAUUGAGCAUUUUACUACAAGAGUCACGAUUGUCAAAAAUAUUAUCGAACCGCCACCUCCAUAUCAAUCGUAA